CAGCCUUCUGGUUCUAAGACGACCACCAAACCAAGUCACGUGGGGACGAAGCGAGUAAGCGAGAAAACAGAUGAAGGGAGUAAGAAGAAAAUGAAGAUGAGCGAGGAUGAUGUGAAGAACGAUGAAAAGCCAAAGCAAAAUCUGUUUGUCAGGAAAUUCAGCAAAGAGGAUGAAAUCGUUAUCCUUCAAAGUAUCAUAGAUUUCAAUACUAGGAGUGAAUACCCUAGUGAUGCUUUCUAUGAGGAUGUCAAAAAAUCGAUUAGUUUUGAAGCUACUACAGAUCAGUUAGUUACCAAAAUUCGGAAUUUGAGGAGAAAAUUUGAUGAAAAGAUUCUCAAGUCCCUUGAAAAGGGAAAGACUGAAGAACUGAUUUUUUCUUCGAAAGCUUUUGACCAGAGAUGUUUUGAUUUAUCUAGGAAGAUUUGGGGAAGUAACGGGUUUUUGUCUUCGAAAUCAAAGACAAUGCUCCAAGGACAGCAUCUUGGAGGAAAGAUCAAGAAGGAUGAUGAAGACGAAGAUCCAAAGAAACAUGUCAUAAGCACUUUGUCUUUUGGUCAAGAGUUGGUUUCUUUCAUUUCGGUUGAGAAUCCGACUAUGUUGGGAAUGGAUGAAGCAAAGUGGAUUGCAAAUUGGGAUAAGGUCAAAGAUGGACCAGAGAAGAGAGAGUUGGAAUUUAUUUUGAAGAAGUUGCAGGCUAAGCAAGUGGAGCUUGUUAUGAUGAGGAUUGGGUUUAUAAACGACGCAGCUGCUGUGUUAUUCAAACAAGACAAGGCAUGAUCUUCUUCCGGUAAGUAGAUGAAAGAGCUGGUGGUAUGUUAGUGUAAUGUUUUUUACCCUUUUCUUUUUGCUAUUUUGCGGCUUUAGUUGUUUUGGUAACAUUUUAUCGGUGGUUUGGCGUUUAAGUCUUUUGUUGUGUUAGCUUUUCUAUCGGAUAUUUUGUGUUUGCACCUUUUGUUGGAUAUGCUUGAUUGGGUAGAAGACCCCUUCGUUUA